AUGGAGGCGGCGGCGGCGGGGGCGCUGGGGGCGGGCGCGGCGCUGCUGCUGGGGGUCUACUACACACUCGGGGAGGCCACCCGGUGCCGGAACACGGUCAGCCUGCGGGGCAAGACGGUGCUCAUCACAGGUGGAAAUGCAGGGAUCGGGAAGGCCACAGCGGUGGAUCUGGCCCGGAGAGGCGCCCGUGUCAUUCUGGCAUGCCGCGACAAAGCGAGAGGAGAAUCGGCCAUGUACGAUAUCAGACGGGAAAGCGGGAACUCGGAGGUGAUCCUGAUGAUCUUGGAUCUGGCCAGCCUGAACUCCGUGCGAGCUUUUGCGCAGACCUUCUUAGCAUCGGAGCCCCGUCUGGACAUCCUCAUCAACAACGCAGGGGUCUUUACGACCGGCCAAACCGCCGAUGGCUUUGACCAGGCCUUCCAGGUCAACCACUUGGGCCACUUCCUGCUGACCCACCUGCUCCUGGACCGGCUGAAGCGCUGCGCCCCGAGCCGGAUCGUAAUUCUAUCCUCGAGUUUGCAUAUCUUUGGGAAGAUCGACUUUCGGACCAUCCACAAGCCGGGAAAGGGGUUAUGGAAGAUGCUAACAUCCUACAACAACAGCAAACUAGCCAACAUUCUCCACGCCAGAGAGCUGGCCAACAGGCUGGAAGGAACCAACGUCACCUGCUACGCUGUUCAUCCAGGAUCUGUUAGAACCAACCUUGGUCGCUCUUUUCCACGAUGGGUAUUUCAGGUGUUUGGGUUCAUGAAGCGGUUCAGACGAGAUUGCAGUGCGGGUGCCCAAACCUCCAUCUACUGCGCCACCGAGGAAGGCAUCGAAAGCCUGAGCGGCCGGUAUUUUGUGGACUGCAGGCCGAAGGUGCCCUGGCCACAGGCCCGUGAUGACCAAGUGGCCAAGAAGCUCUGGGAAUUCAGCGAGAGGCUGCUGGGACUGACCACUUAAGGCGGGAAGGGUCAGAGACUUCCGGUGAUGAAAUA